UUCUGUCUUUCUUUUUCUCACACGGUACUCUUUUCUUUCUAUCCUUUUUUUUUGUUUUUAUUUCUCUCUCUCCGGUUCUAGUGUUUGGCUGUUUGCUUCCCGAGAAAAAAAAAAGAAAAAAAAAAGGGAAAGAGAAAAGGAAAAAAAAGGAGAAGAAGGAUUGAGAUCUCAACAACUGUCACUCUAACCUCAAAACCUGUUGUCCUCCAGUUUUCCUUUUGUUUUUUUGAUUUCCUGGGAAUCUAAGGGACAUUUUUUUUUUGUUUUUGGGUUUUAAUUUGAUUUUUGUUUUAAGUAGCGGUAAAUUUUGAUGGGAAAUUGGUGGUAAAUAUAGUACGUGAAUUUGGUUGAAAUUAUAGAAGAGAUGAGCACAGAACACCCGCCUGAGCCACUCGAUUUCUUCAUUUGGACUGUUGAGGAUGUUGGUAUGUGGUUAGAAGAGAUAAAUCUUGGUAGCUACCGCCAGAUUUUCAAAGAAAAUGGUGUCAAUGGGGAAUACUUGGAAGGCAUGUCUAUGUUCACAACUGAACAGAUUCUUCGGUUUAUAAGGCGAUGCCAUAUGAAGUGGGGCGACUUCAUCACUCUAUGCAAGGAACUCAGGCGAAUAAAAGUGGCUUGCCUAAAGGGAGAGCAAAAAGUUCGCAGGCCAUGGUGGGCUCCUUCUUGCCUUUCAGUAGUCUUUGUCAAGGUGGCAAAGCGCAACAGACAGUCGCGAGUUGUUUCCUUGAAGCUGGAACCAUGAUGCGAAAUAUGCUUUUAUGCACGUCUAUGCAGUUUUUCUUCUUGUUUAGGGAGCAGAAAGUAGGGAAAAACUAAACUUCUUGUCUUUAAAUCUGUCAAGCUGUUGUUGAUAGUUCUUUAUUCAAGAACUCUUUUACAUAUACAAGCCUUUUCUAUAU